UAACCAGUUAAUCUUGGAAUCCAAUACGACAAAAGAGCUUCAGUAUCUACAUUAAUCACUCAUUUCAAAUUCUAAAUUGCUUGGCCUACGAAAAUCUGCUACUGCGCAAGCAUCUGUUCGUGAUAGUCUGCCAUAAUGGCUUCUCCACCUCAAGUCGUGGAGGAUCAGGCACGACUCCUUGAAGAUGCUUUGAAUGUCGUUCGCCAACAGACACAACUCAUGCGACGAUGCUUGGAAAGUCCUGGGAAACUGAUGGAUGCCUUGAAGUGCAGGUAUGUCAAUGAAGAUGAGCAUUUUUUAUUUGGCUAUGUAAUUGCAGUGACUAUAAUAUUUGCGCCAGGCGAAAUGAUCUUGUGCUGAUUUGUCUCUUUCGAAAUCCAGUUCAACACUUGUCUCCGAGCUACGAACGAGCAGUUUAGGGCCGAAACAGUACUAUGAGUUAUAUAUGGCAGUGUUUGAUGCUUUGCGACACCUAUCCUCUCAUCUCAAAGAUUCUCAUCCGACUCACCAUCUUGCCGACCUUUAUGAGCUUGUCCAAUAUGCAGGAAAUAUCGUCCCUCGGCUUUACUUAAUGGUAACAGUUGGCACAGUCUAUAUGGGUGUACCAGAAGCACCGGUCAAGGAGAUAAUGAAGGACAUGAUGGAAAUGAGUCGUGGAGUACAACAUCCAACUAGAGGGUUGUUCCUCAGAUAUUACCUUUCCGGGCAAGCUCGCGAACAUUUACCUCAAGGUGAUGGAGAUGGACCGGAAGGCAAUUUAACAGAUUCGAUAAGUUUUGUUCUUACUAAUUUCGUGGAAAUGAACAAGCUUUGGGUACGACUACAGCAUCAAGGUCACUCUAGAGAGAGAGAAAUGAGAACGCAGGAAAGGAAGGAGCUCCAAUUACUGGUCGGAAGUAAUUUAGUUCGAUUAAGUCAAUUGGUUGAUCUGGAUGUUUACAAGAACACUAUUUUGCAGCCACUGCUAGAGCAAGUGGUGCAAUGUCGGGAUGUUCUAGCCCAAGAAUAUUUGCUAGAAGUAAUCACACAGGUCUUCCCUGAUGAAUACCACCUUCACACCCUAGAUCAAUUCUUGGCGGCUGUAUCAAGAUUGAAUCCUCAUGUUAACAUGAAAGUCAUUGUUAUAGCAAUGAUGGAUAGACUUUCUGCAUAUGCUGCUCGAGAGUCAGAGUUGAGUUCUGCAGGGGACCGCGAGAAGGCGGAGCAGGAGGCUGUCGCUAAACUACUCGAGACAACCCGGUUGAACAAGGAGAGUCAGGCUGGUGAAUCAAAGCCGGAGUCGACUACAGCGCCGGAGGCCUCAAAGGCGAAUGGUGAUCGUCCGUCGACUGAAACCAAUGGAGCCAGCACAGACUCGAAAUCCAGGGAACAAAUUGACGAUAGCCUUAGUGUAGCCCCCACUGAAGUUGAGACGCAAUCUGUUGCUGAGACGAUCGUCAACGAUGAUGCUAACAACAGGCAAAAUGCUGUUCCUGAAAACAUCAAGCUGUAUGAAAUCUUUUUUGACCAAGUAAUGCAUCUUGUUGCUUCCCAGCGCUUGUCAGUACAAGAUACCUUGGCAUUGUUGGUAUCGUUAGUCAAUUUGGCACUCAAGGUCCAUCCGGAUCGUCUCGACUAUGUCGAUCAGGUCCUCAAUUACGCAUCGGAUAGAGUUAGGGCAUAUGCCAACACUCCUGAAUUACAUUCUCCAGAGGCACAGAAAAAUAUACUAAAUUUACUCUUAACACCCAUCACCUCUUACGCCUCUAUAUUCACAGCAUUGUCCCUCCCAACUUACAUCCCAUUACUACAACUUCAAAUAUAUCCAACACGUCGAGCUGUUGCUGGUGAAUUAGCUCGUACUUUACAAGCAAAUUCAACUAAAAUCUCUACUGUGGUCUCACUGGAAGGAGUGCUCGAAGUUCUUAAAGUUCUGAUCAAAGAAGGAUCUCAAAGUCCGGCGAAUUACGUUGGAGUACAGCGGAAAUCCGUUGAGACUGAUGAAACGAUAGAAGAGCAGGGCUGGCUAGCUAGAAUCGUUCACUUGAUCCAUAGUGAUGACAACGAUACACAGUUUAAGCUUCUGCAAACUACCAAGGCCGCUUACUCGGAGGGGAAUGAACGUGUGAAGUUUACAACUCCAGCUCUUAUAACCUCGGCCAUGAAGCUCGCGAGACGGUUUAAGACAAGGGAACAUUUUGAUGAUAACUGGGAAUCACAAAUAUCUGCGCUCUUCAAGUUCAUGCAUUCGACCCUUUCAACUAUGUAUACCCGAGUCUCCGGGUCUGCCGAGCUUUGUUUGAGGCUAUUCGUGGCUUGUGGUCAAAUUGCUGAUCAGACAAAUUUUGAAGAGGUUAGCUACGAAUUUUUCGCCCAAGCAUUUACCAUCUACGAAGAAAGUAUCAGCGACUCCAGGUCACAAUUUCAAGCAGUCUGCGUUAUCGCAUCCGCUCUGCAUGAAACACGAAAUUUCAGUAAAGAAAACUAUGAUACCCUCAUUACCAAGUGUGCUCUACAUGGUAGUAAGCUUUUGAAGAAGCCUGAUCAAUGCCGUGCUGUCUUCUUAGCGAGUCAUCUUUGGUGGGCCGUGCCUAUUGCAGCAAGGGGCGAAACAGAUGAGAAGAAUGUAAGUUUCUGCAGUUAAUAUCACAAUCAGAAUAAUAGCUAACAUGCACUAGCUUUAUCGUGAUGGCAAACGUGUUCUCGAGUGCCUUCAACGGGCACUUCGCGUUGCGGAUGCAUGUAUGGAUACUGCUGUUUCAGUGGAACUUUUUGUGGAAAUCCUGAAUCGUUACGUCUACUAUUUCGAGCAAGAUAAUGAAGCUGUAAGUGCUCGCUGAUAUAUAUAUAUUUUCAAAAACUAUAAUCUAACAUGAUUCGAUAGGUCACAACGAAAUACCUAAAUGGCCUUAUUGAAUUGAUCCAUUCAAAUCUCCAAGGCAAUCAAGAUUCGGCCACAAUUAAUGAGCCAAGAAAGCAUUUCCAACGUACUUUGGAUAACAUCACUUCUCGAAACUAUGAAGGUGUAGUAACGACAGCUGCACCUUAGACCAAGCUCAACGCCAUUUUCUUUCUUUUAUUAACACCUUUCUAUAAGCAUGGAAUGGAUCAUGAUCGAUGUAAAUUUAUGUGAGAUGGUUGGGGUUUUCACCCUGAGGGAGACAGAGAAGGGGAAGAGAGAGCGAGACCCUGGGUAUGAUAUUUUUGGAAGGCAGCACUUAUGUUUACGAAGACAAAAUAAUGCAGCGAUUGUACUUAGAUUUGAUUUGGCUCGUAUUAAGCAAAAAAGUGAUGGGUUGAUUUAAUUUAGCAAGCAUAGCUAUAGGCUAUGUAAAAAGAGAUGAUAAUUGAAAUAACUCUGAAUACCUAAGCGUAGCUAAGACUUCAAA